AGAUUGAAUGAUGCUGCCUGCUUAUCGCUGAAAGUUAUAUAAACGAGAUCUCAGAUCCAAGGAAGUUUAGGUUCCAUCACUUUUUGAAAUCUAGACAAGAAACCCGUGCCUCUCGUCAUUUCACAGCAAUACAUAAGUAUACAUAAUUAAAGCUACCACUCAUUCAUAAUGCCUCUCGUCGUUCCAGGGAUCAACUCCUCUUUCGGAGAUAAGUCGGAAUGGGUGAACAAAUUGAUGGGCAAGAAACUCACCGACUCUACGACUGAUGCUACUUCCUUUGCAAAGAAGGAUCUCCCCCAGACUCACAGGGUGGUUAAACAGGGAGAUAUGACAACCAUGGACCAUAACCCGGAUAGAUUGAACAUCCAUGUGGAUGACGAUGGAACCGUUCGUGAUGUUAGGUACGGCUAAAGCUUGAGGAGGAGGGUGAUCUCUUUUAUUUCAGCCACCUUGGAGAUUUUGGCCCAGUGCCUCUAUCUCUACGUAUAAUGACGAUUUCUGGGAGAUUAUCCCAAGACGCUGUAUUGUGACUAAUAUUGAGCUAUGAUGAUUUAUGGGAGUUCUUUACCUAUGUGUAACGACUGAAGAUGGCGCAGAAUGACACAAUAUAAAGCGACUUGUUUUUUAAGCUUGU